ACUGUAUAACUGAUUAUCCCCAUUACAUUGCGUAUUUCAAAUGAUGUUACAUGUAGAAUUUGAGUGAUUAAGUAACAUCGCAUCGGACAUAUUGGAAGAGUUAUGGUCCAUUCAUGUCACCACGAACAAAAGUAUUGGGUUACAUUAUACUGUGUCAUGACACUGACGCCAUCGAACCUAUUCUGAAUACAAGAGGUUACAAAGAUGAUAUGUCUAUGUGUAUUAUCUUUACUGGUAGUCGUUAACACACAGGAAAAUGCUUUGGACCAUGGGUUUAAAUUUGAUGAGAAAAAAGGAUUAUAUUAUCGCCUGUUAGAGGAUAGCGAAAAAAUCAAUUGUGAGAACGGAUAUUUUGAGACAAAUACGCUUAACUAUGUUGGCUACGACUGUUGCCAUUACCUCCAAUGUGACGUGAGUACGGUGAACGCCACCCAUGUUUACGUCAGAGCCUGUGAAGAGCCUAUGGUGUGGAAUGCAGAAGGAUUUUCCUGUGACUUCAGACGAAAUGUUAGAAGCUGCAGGAACACUCCAUCGGAAUGUUAUGAAACAAUAGAGCCUCCAUCGUGUCCACCCGCAGAGGAUCUACCUGCAAGUCAAUGCUGCAAAAAUGGUUUGAUCUACAUACCCGAUGUCACAUUGAAAUCAUUUCGGAUAUCAACUGAUCACAAAGCUGCAGAUUUAAUCGAGUGUCCACAUGAACAAGUAUUUGAUAUCGAAAACUGUGAGUGUCAAGGGGACAUACCGAUAUGGCGCGGCGAUUGUGUUCAUUUUAACUUUGAUGGAAACUACAAGGAUAAUCUUCAAGCGACGUGGAUGUUUCCUGGAAGCGUUGAAUUCAAUCAGAUUGAUCCUCCUAUAGCAGAUUUCCAAAGGGAAGUUAGUAUUGGCCCAUUGCUUCUAGCGGGGCGAUUCAUAAAUGAGACACCAGCUGCGGUUCCAUAUUUUUCGAAUGUUCUCCUUGGAUAUGAUGUAACCAUCAUGGCAUGGUUCUAUACGAGGUAUGUCUCAGGAAACCUCUGGGACAAUGGUGAGGCUAAUGUACAGAGGUCAACACUUUUCUUCACUCUCGAUUUAGACGAGGACGAAAACGGAAAUUCGAGGGGAAAGCGUCAAAGUGACGAUGAAUACAUACCAGAUAAUGUCUAUAAGGGUGCCAGGGCUCUUGGCUUUCCAUUAAGGGGUAAAGCUUGUGUACCCGGGGGUAGCUGUGUAACAUAUAAUUCAGUAGAGAUUAUCAAUCGAGGAGCACGUCAACGAGGUGACUCAGACCAGGGCCAGAAUGAAGAGACUGAGGUUGCCAUGCCAAUGUGGGUACAUCUUGCUAUGAAGAUGACAGGGUUUAAGGUUUACCUCUACGUAAAUGGUGAUCUGGUUGGUGCUGGAAAUGCUGGAAUAGAUCCUAUUUUUGGAACUGAAAGACCUCUUUAUGUUGGCAGAAGGUACACCGGUCUAAUGGACGACCUGAUUGUUUGCCGGUUUGCAUGGACGGAUGAAGAAGUACGUGCAUUCUACACAGACCGAAUCAUUCCCCCAACACCAACGUACCACAUUUGAUUUGGUUGGAUAAUAUUUUCAACAAUUGUAUGUUGUGUAGAACAAAGAACUAAAUAUAAUUGCA